UCUCCUGCACAGCCCUUGAUACCCAAGAGCUGGCCAACCUUAGCAGUGUCAUAGUCCUGAGCAAGAACCACACGACAGAGGGCUGUGCAGGCGGCUGGGAGUACAGCAAGGAGGUCUUCUCCAGCACAGUGGUGACUGAGCCGUAGUGGGGAGCCGCUGACCAACUCCGGAGAUAUUGUCAAGCACUGGAAGGAAUGCUUUGAGGAACUCAUCAGGAGGCAAAGCAGGAGCCUGUUGUUGUGACUGAAGUUACUACGGUGGUGGAGGAAAGGCUGCGGGGGUCGAUGACAUCUGUCCUGAGGUGGAGAUCAUUAUUUUUAAAAAUGAGGAUCAGAAGGUGUGUUCCAGCUAUAGAGGGAUCACACUUCUCAGUGUUCCUGGGAAAACCUAGCUGGGGUGCUGGACAGGAAAAUCCCCUAGGAUUCGGGAGGAAAAUGUGGAUUCCGGACUGAGCAAGGAUUCCCUUCUAUGCCACACCGAAACCCUGGGGCCAGGCUGGCUGGAGGUGUGGAUUCCAAGGUGCUGCCACAGCCUGCAUGUGCUUUGUGGACCUGGAGAAGGCAUGUGACUGGAAGUCUGGGCACAUGCAGUGGGAAUGCAGUGGGGGCUUGUAGCAAUAUAGAGAGUCUAGGCUGUUAUUAGGGGCUCUUCAGACCCCCGACAAAUUCAGUAAGAGUUGUGGCCACAUCCUUAGCAGAAAGUUUAAUCCACUUGGAAAGGAUGUUGGCAUCUUCUCCACUUCCGCUCAGGAUUUUCAUGUACAGGAUAUCAAAGUACAGACAUAGCUGGAGAGGUGUCCAGUUCAGGGGGGCUAGAAGGGUCAGCCCUGCUCUUUGCAGAUGAUGAUGUGCUUUAUCGCCGUCUGUGUCGCUGUCCUCACCUGCAAUCAUGCUGGAGGGAUUAUAGCUCUCAGUUGGCUAGAGAACAUUUAGGGGUCCCACAGAAUGAGCCUGUCUAUGGCCAUGGAAAAGGACAGCUGAGCUGAGUUUGGUGUCACCGCAACCCUUAUUAGGAGAAGCGGUGGAAAGAUGAUGAUGAUGAUGAUGAUGAUGAUGAUGCAAUAGGAGAAACUCAUUUCUGGGUGCUAUUUGCCUUGUAGUGAGAUAGAACAUGUGGCUAAUAGUACGAUCUGGUUUCCUUUUCUUAGAAAAACAUGUUCAUUUUGUCCUUGUGCCACAUGUCCUUCUUCUGUUCACAGUGGGAUCUUGUGUGCGAUAAAGCCAAACUGAACACUAUUGCAUCAUCAGUCUACAUGUUCGGACUUCUGGUUGGAGCUCUUCUGUCUGGAGUUUUGGCAGAUAAGUAAGGGUGAACACUAACGAUGCAGCUCUAGCUUCUUCCAAGGCCCCUGGUUGUUGCAGACAGACAGGGCACAUACACCACCAAGGCAUUACCUGCUUGCAAAGCUACUGUACUGUCAUUGCAAAGUUGCCUUUAAAAAAAAUUGUCAGUUACGGUGCUUAAAUUCCAUUGUUGCUGGUGGAGGGAAUACAAUGAGGAUAUAAAAAUAUUAACUGGGAAUGAAAUUUAGGUGUGCAUGCGUGAGUGAAUGGUGUGUGAGUGUGCCCUGCGAUGGGCUGGCCCCCCUUCCUGGGUUGUUCCCUGCCUCGUGCCCAUUGCUUCCGAGAUAGGCUCCAGACCCCCCGCGACCCAGUAGGAUAAGCGGUUUGGAAAAUGGAUGGAUAGAAUGAAAUUUAUUUGAAUCUCACCAAAAAGGGCAUGUAUAUUAAAUUCAUUUACUAAGCUAUCCCGGAAAGCAAAUUUUUACAAUGGCAGUAAGACAAUACCUAAUGCAGUCUUCCAGUACACAUGCAGUAUUAUGAGGCUGCUAGCAUAAUUUUUCCAUAAAUAACAUGAAAGUGCAUACAUGGUGAAAAUGUUAGUUUCAGGCUGACAGUAGAAACCUUUCAAGGGGCAAUGAAGCAGCCAGAUAUUACAAAGGCAUUUUUCCAGGAUCACAUGCACCACACCUGCAAACCCAGUAUAAAAUCGGUCUUAUCUGAUCUUUCUGUGCGACAGAAUGUCACAGCUGUUUUCAGGGUGUUGUGGCCGACUCAGUUUGAAACACGCUUUCAACCACAUUCUGCCUCCAAGUCAAAUAUAUUGCAAACAUUCUGUCCUUUGAAAAGAUGGGAAUCAUUCUGCAAACCUGUAACUUUGUCUUGUUCCAGAUACGGCCGAAGGAUCAUCAUUCUUGUUGCCUUAGCUGUUCAGGCCACCUUUGGAGUCGGUGCCGCUUUUGCCCCGAAUGUCUGUACCUACAUGUUCUUGCGCUUUGUGGUCGGAAUGACUGUUGCUGCAGUGAUCAUGAACAUCUUCGUUUUAGGUACGGAAUGGACGGGGCAGAAGCAUCGGAUGCUCGCCGGCCUGCUCACCGACUACUUCUUUGGGUUGGGGUACAUCAUGCUGGCUGGAGUUGCGUAUCUGAUCCGUGACUGGAGGACACUGCAGCUGGCCAUAUCUCUGCCUGAAUUCCUGUUCUUCUUCUACAUUUGGGUACUGCCUGACUCUGCCCGCUGGCUAAUAACCAAAGGGAAGAAGGAGGAAGCCGUGGAUCUAAUCCAAAAAGCAGCAAUAAGGAACAGAAACCCGCUGCCCCCCAAUUUUGAGCUGUUUCAGCAACCCAAUGAGCUCAACGGAGAGGCAAAGAGGAAAAAGGGCAGCCUGAUUGACCUUGUCCGCACCUCGAGGAUGAGGAAGCGGUCGCUGAUACUGUUCUACCUCUGGUUUGUUAAUUCGCUGGUUUAUUAUGGCUUGUCUCUGAACAUCACCGCCUUUGGCAUGAACAUCUACCUCACCCAGUUUAUCUUCGGACUGGUGGAAAUACCUGCCCGCACCAUCAUCCUCUUCACCAUCAACCGAUCCAGGAAGAUCUGUCUGAUCUGCUUUUUCGUCACCGGAGGGCUUGCAUGCCUUUCAACCAUUUUUGUUCCAGACAAGAUGCCCGUUCUGAGGAUUCUCUUGGCCAUGAUCGGAAAAUUCGGGAUCACGGGUUCCGUCUCUGUGAUAUACAUCUAUUCCGCAGAGGUGUUUCCCACGGUCAUCAGGCAAAACGGAAUGGGCGUGUCGUCCAUGUGUGCCCGCACCGGAGGCAUCAUCUCUCCCAUCAUGCACCUGCUGGCGAGCCACAGGAAGGAGGUACCCAUGGCAGUGUUUGGCGUCUGCCCCCUCUUGGGGGCUGCCCUUGCUCUAAUGCUGCCCGAAACUGCCGGCAAGCCCCUGCCCGACACCAUCAAGGAUGUGGAGCAGACCCAGUGCAGAGAGGAUGCAGAACAGGUCCUCUACAAGCAAGCCCCGCGGUCCCUGGAGGUCAUGAUCUGAGCCCCCGCCCCCCGUGGUCAGGACCACACAAAGACAAAGAUAAUUCUACUGAACGGGCUCCCCAACCCUUUUUUUUGGGGGGGGGGGGGGGGGUUGGAGGGUGCUGAUGAUAACAUUUGCCGAGCAGGUUCCGGCAGUAGUUCCGUUUUUCCAAGGCACCCCCCCCCCAGUAUCUGGGCCCCUGAAAGUCUUCCCCUUUCUGUGUGCAGUGAACCGUAAAUCACAAAGUGCUCAUUAAAUGACCAAAGGGAGUUAUGUUAUUACAAUAAUGUUACAAAAUGUUAAAAUAGACACAAAUCUGUUGAUGCCAGGUGCCAUGUGAACUGUUUCAUGUAAUGCAAUACAAUUUUUCUGUUGUCCAUACUUUUUUACUUUUUGGUUAAAAAAAAACAAACCUUAUUUAAAAUAAUCAUAAUCACUCCUGAUUAUAUACAGUCCAGGAAAUCAUGUAAAAAACAUGCAGGAGAAUUUCAUACAGGAGAAAUCAACAUCAUGUUAUUUCAUUGAAGUAAAGAGCUUUAGCCUAUCCGUUAACAUAAUGACAUGGUCAUUUUUAAUACAUUGUAACAUUAGCAAAGUGCAGAAUCCACAUGCCUCUUGUACUGGUACCUAAGUAACAGUACUGAUGAUUUCUCCGGCCAAUACUGUGUGCCAGCAGAUUACUCAAGAUACUCCUGUAUCUCAUAAUAUGCACGACUCCUUUUCUCACGGGCCACAGUCUUGCCGAUUAAAUAAUAAGUGUUAACAAAAUCACAGAGACUGCAUAUUCAAACCACCACUUAAAAAUAUGACUGAGAACUGCAGAGUGACACCUUCUCCAGCAGUUUCAGCCUAUGGCCUGCUCUGCAUUCUGCUGUGUUUGCAAUCCCACUCAGCCUCUGUCACAGUCUUUUAAAAUAUAUUUUAUCCUACAAAACCCUGAAAAAUCUGAAAAUACACCAAUCCAGAACAGCUGCAGUCAAACACAAAACUAAAUAAACAUCCAGAAUGUUGUAUUUGACAUACUUGUGUUCUUUGGACUUCCGGAAGGUUAUAUUUAUUAUUAUGUUUUUUGGCUACUGUAAUAAAAGUUUAGGAUGUAUUUCAAUUUUCAUGUUUUUAACCUUCUUGAUGACUUCAAUGUGGCCUUUUGCUCUGGAAUGAAAGUGUAUGUUAGGGACCAGCAUGACAGUGCAGUGUGAAGACAUUGACUUAUGGACAAUUAAAACAGCGAGAAGGUGCAUACAGUGAAGGUAUAUACAGUGAAGGUGCAUACAGUGAGGUGGAGAUAUUGCUUCCAUUUUGUUUAUUUUGCUAUUGGAUAAAUGGAUUAUUUCUAAUCAAUUUGAACUCUUAGUUUCAACAAUAUAUAUAUAUAUAUAAAACAUAUUCUCUUAAAUCUAUUAACAAUACUUUAUUACAUACGGUAAUUUCAUAUCUAGCACCAUUGAUAUGUAAUACAUUUAAAUAACCCAAAUUAGUUUAUGAUUAGUUUUUAGUUUAAGUUUAAGUGUUUAAGAUUAGUUGUUUAAGUAAGGAUUGUUUCACCUACUACCGCGACCCUCUACUGGACAAGAGUAUAUGGAAGAUGAAUGUCUUCACUCUCUGGUGGUUUAGUGCACUGCAGAUGCAAUCCGGGCUGUGCGCUGCAUUUCGCCUUUUGCAUUCCAACAUAAACUCUUUAAUCUGGAUACGUGGCUGUUGCUGAAAACAGAAGACUAUGCUUACUUUAUAACCUACUAUUGCCACCAUAUGGACAAAAGUGGUAUUUUAAUUUUUCCUUUUCUGAUACAUCAACGUGACAUACAGCUUCUCUAUUUUUACGGUCUGGAUUUUUUCCCCCUGUGUUAUAAUAUUGAGUGCAGGUCAUUGUUUUUAUUGUUGAAAAAGUAUGAAUCACAUCAAAAUUAAAUACUGUUUUAUCAUAUGUUUGACUGGA